AUGCUGAUGCAGCAGCGUGCCGCGGCGAUGUUCAGUACUACCCCAAGUACCACCGCUGUGUGGAGUCAGAUUAACCUUGACAAGGAGAAGCCACUCCUUGAUGCCGAGACCUUGAUGGCACUCGUUCUUGAGAAAUGGGAUCGCCGGAAGAUGUUGAAGGGUGCUAUGCCAAAGGCAAAGGAUCUCAGUGUCGCAGCCAGCAUGGUGUUGAGUGAGAAGCCAAAAGGUGGCAAGGGAAAGGGUCUGCGCAAGCCUGUUGGUGUGUGUUGGAACUGCGGUGGCAAGAGACACAAAGAGGCUGACUGCCCGACUCCAAAGCAGGGCAGUAAAGAUAAGGACAAGGGCAGCAAAAGUGCCGAGCCAUCCAAGUCCACGUCGAAGCCUAUCGCAGUGUCAGCAGUCACCCUUGACGACAUUGCAGGUGCCUGGUCAGCAUUCAUACCUGCCGACUUCUCGGAUGACAGUGUGUCAUCUGUGCUGGACCUCUGGUCUGUCAGCGAUGACAACUCAGAUUAUAGUGCACUCACAGAGGCCUCCACUGACAAUGUCGAGAUGCCAGACUUGGUGUCCGUGUCAAACUCGUCUGCCAGCGAGUUCGAUGAUGAGAGCGCGAGUGAUGCACAAAGCUGUGAUGUCGGCGAUGCCAUCUCGCACGAGGACGGUCUUAAGGUUGCCAGGGCACACAAAGCUGCCCGCCACAUCAGGAAAACCCAACUUUCUCUUAAGAGAACACUUAACUGCCUUAAACAGACUUAUAGUUCUUAUUUGAGGAAAUAA